UCAAUUCUCAUCCUCCAUCUCCCACAGUUUCCCCCAAACAACAAGAAUAAAUAAAAAUGGCCAACACAUUUACCAUUCAUACAAUCUCUAACCAAUGGCCAGGUUUCACUCUAAGCACACAUUCUCCACCAAAAUCAUCAUCACCAUCUUCCUCUCUCUCUCAACAUUCAUUGCCAUCGCUUUCAUCGCCAACCACAUCUUCCACUCUUCCGCUCACAUAUCCAUCACUUCCAAUUGGCUCAUCGAUAUCCCUAACAGCACAAUUACUCCACCUCAUAAAACUCCCGAGAGAUUUCUUUCCGCUACAUUUGCUGAUAUACCUGCUCCUCAAUGGAAUUGGGAGCAAAUGGAUUCGGCUCCCGUGCCUCGUUUAGAUGGUUAUUCUAUUCAGAUCCAAAAUCUUUUUUAUGUUUUUUCAGGAUACGCCAAUCUUGAUCAUGUGCACUCUCAUGUUGAUGUGUUUGAUUUCAGGAGCAAUAAGUGGGUAGAUAAAUUUGAUACACCAAAAGAAAUGGCUCAUUCACAUUUGGGAGUUGCAACUGAUGAGAGGUACAUAUAUAUAGUCUCUGGACAGUAUGGUCCACAAUGCAGAGGACCUAUUUCCACUGUGUUUGUGUUGGAUACCAUCACAAAGAAAUGGGAUAAUUUGCCUCCAUUGCCUUUCCCCAGGUAUGCUCCUGCAACUCAAUUGUGGAGGGGAAGACUCCAUGUCAUGGGUGGUGGCAAGGAGAAUCGCCAUACACCUGCCUUAGAUCAUUGGAGUUUGGCUGUAAAGGAUGGGAAAGCUUUGGAGAAACAAUGGCGGACUGAAAUUCCUAUUCCACGCGGUGGACCACAUAGGGCUUGCAUUGUGGUCAAUGAUCACCUUUACGUUAUCGGUGGACAAGAGGGUGAUUUCAUGCCUAAACCGGGUUCACCAAUAUUCAAGUGUUCACGCAGACAUGAGGUGGUCUAUGGAAAUGUUUAUAUGCUGGAUGAUGAAAUGAAAUGGAAAGUUUUGCCACCUAUGCCAAAGCCAAACUCCCAUAUAGAGUGUGCAUGGGUAAUUGUCAACAAUUCAAUUAUUAUUACUGGAGGUACAACAGAAAAGCACCCAGUUACGAAAAGGAUGAUGCUGGUUGGAGAGGUCUUCCAAUUUAACUUAGACUCUAUGAAAUGGUCAGUGAUCGGAAAACUUCCAUACCGAGUGAAAACAACAUUAGCUGGAUUUUGGGAUGGAUGGCUAUACUUUACAUCAGGACAGAGGGACAGAGGACCGGAUAAUCCACAACCCAGAAAGGUUGUUGGAGAGACGUGGAGAACGAAAUUAAGUUUGUCAUAGUUUGAAUUCAUCAAGGCGCCCAUAUCAAUUUGCUUCCAAUUUUUGGGUCACAAUACAAAUUAUUUGUUGGGCAACUUUGUGUACAUAGGAUAGGUAUAAUUUAAUAGAUAUUGGAUUGAACUCUUUACGAAUGCUUCUUUAUCUUUGUACCACAUUAGUCGUUACAUAACAUCAAUCGCACCUGUCAUAGUAUCUAAGCAAAGUGAGUGUCCAAAAUCUUAAAAUAUUUGGCAGUAAUAAACUAAUUUUUACAGCAGUAUGAACAUAAUGUAUAGUUCAUGAAGCAUGAGCAGCCAGUACAGUAUCAACAAGCUCAACCACCACUGGGAUUUGCUGGCUAUCAGUGACAUUCUCUUCUGCAUUUCUUGUUUCUGUGCAGCUGCCUAUUCUUCUCAUGGUCCUUGAUUGCAUUUUUGAACAGCACCUAGCAAAAAUAUUGGUUGUCCAUCUCCAUAUUCUCCAUAAUUGUGUUAAUGUUAAAACUGCGUGGCUUGCCAAAGUUUCUACAUUCUUCACUAACCAACAAAUCACGUAAUAUGACAAACCAAGAAUAGUGACAGUAGAACAGAUCGAAAACAGACCAAGGUAAGGCGGAAGGCCUAUCGAUGAAUUAUUUUUUCCCUUGCUCGCUAAAUCAGAACAAUUUGCUUUGCCUUCAUUUUCUAUCCCAUUCAACAUUUCUUUUUCUAGUUGUUCUGUUUCUCCACUCUCUAUCAUACUCAGCAAUGCCUCUGAUAUGUCGGCAGCUAGACUUGAGCC